AUGGCUGUUGACCCAGAUGCUGCAGAUAGGGAGUUCAUUGCGCAGAAUAUGGAUUCUGACUUACAAUUCAUUUUGUUGGACUCUGGAGUUUCAGUCAGGCGACAAGCGGCGAUUGCACGUUGCUAUGGGUCAUUGCGUAAGUUCAAUGCAAUUGGUGAUGACAGGGCUCAGAUUCGCACUGCUUGCCUUCAUGACUUCGCAGUGGCACAAGACACUCCGGAGAACAGGGCUGAGGUGGCAUCCAUUGUGGCGGCUUGGGAGACGGCCAAGGAGUUUGUCUCUAAGGAGGUGGAGCUCAGGGCCGAGGCAAAAGUGUUGGGACAGCCGAGGAUCCUUCAAGCCCACGAAAGACAGGCUAUGAUAAAGGCUGUCGAAAGGGUGCAUGGUGCCUUGGGUGAGUCAGAGACGCCCAGUGCAGACUACUUGGCGUUGAAAGCCGAGGAGACUGAGUUGAACGAACCAACGGCGUCACCGCUGGAUGAAGUUAUCAGCAAGAAGGACACCUCGAGCUCUCAAAUCCAGUCCUCAUUGGAUUCCUCUGGGCAUUUGCGUGUUGUGAGGACGAAGAACAAGUCCCGUAUGCCUACAACGACAGAGGAGUACCGCAAGGUGAUGAAAGUUGAGAUGUAUUCCUGGCUUUGUAUGUCAGCAAGGUACCGUGCAAAAAAUUGGUUGCACGACUUGGAGGCGGCGGAUUUCAACAAGUUUGUUGACUACAUCCUUGGUGAGAGGGUGUUGGGGAUACAAGUGCCAUCACCUCAAGGCGAUGGAGCACAACAGAAGAUCAGACCGGAUUGGGCCAUUGUCCUUUCUUAUGAGCAUAAGCUGAGGAAGGAAGCAUUCAGGCUUGUUACAAAUGAGGGCUACACGCUUUCUCAGGCCUUGAAAUCGGUGAUUAGGGACGCUGAUUUGAAGGAGUCCUUUUUCACGACACCAACGGGCGUGAUCUUUGCUUUGCCUACAAUGGUGGCAGCUGUGAUGGAAAAUGCAACAGGGUCCAUCAGUGCAGAGUCAAAGGCACACCCUCACGAUGCCCCUCCACCUAAGGUGAAGGUGAUGUACCUAUUUGCCGGGAAAAGACGGCAGUCAGAUGUGGCUUCUUUCUUGCAAAAGGCACACGAUAGCGGCCACAUUUCUUUGACUCUGAAGGAGUUCGACCUGGAGCUUUCACCAGACCAUGAUUUGACCAACAAGGUUUUAUGGGAUGAAAUUCUGGCAGCCCUUGAAGAGGGACAGCAGAUGCUUUUUAGGCAGGGUGUGAUGGAGUCCAUCAGUGAUGUAAGGAUGGAGGCGUUCAAGCUGGUGACAGGCAAGUUGCAGGUGUCACCGUUUCCUGAAUCUUGCUUGGUGAAGGUGAGAGAGAGGGUGGCUGGCCUGCUACCUGAUUGCAAGGGUGCGUUGGUGCGAGACCCGGGGCAACCCUUUUUCUUGCGGCUGCUGUCACAGUGGUUGGAGAUGUUUGAGGACCCAGACUUCCGUUGCUUGGUGAACGAUACAGAAUCUUUUGCAACUGGCGUCAACCUUGGGGUGGACAUACCCCUGCCAAGAUCACCACAGGUUUUCCCCGAGAAGCUGAAGCACCGAAAACUUGACUCGACAGAUUUCAACCCGAUCGCUGAAAACUACCCUUCAGCUCAGAUUUCUAGCGAGGAGUUGGUUCAGAAGUUUCGAGAAGAAGAAUCUUUGGGUAGGAUGUUUCCAUCCAAGCUUGGCGUCCUGAAGGAGAAGUAUGGGGACAGGCUGAGAGUGGCUUCAAUGGCAGCCAUAGCAAAGCCCGAUGGGGGGGGGAGACCGCUCCACGAUGCAACGCACUCCGUGAUGGUCAACCACUCCAUCAAGUAUCAAGACCAGUUGCAGUGCCCAGGACCGGCAGAGGUAGCAUCAGUUGUUAGAGAAGCAGUGGAGACAAAGGAGGCGUGCUUUUGCGUUUCAGCAGACAUUAAGGCUGCUCAUCGUUUGGUGAAGGUGAGGGAGGAGGACUGGCCGUACAUGUGCUGCAGAGCAGAUUCCCAGAGCGAUACUGUCUGGGUAAAUAAGACAGGCACGUUUGGCGUAGCAAGUGCGCCGUACUGGUGGGCCAAGCUUUUUGCAUGCAUUGGCAGGUUUGUUGGACACAUAAUGCAGGCGACAGUUUUUUGGCACCUGGUUUACGUGGAUGAUUUGCAUGGAGCAUUCGCAGGGGCUCAGAAGUUUGAGAUGCUAUGGAUCUGGCUACUGGCGUUUGAGCUGGUGGGGACACCUUUUGGAUAUCAUAAGUUCAGGGGGGGCUUUGCCUCAGAGUUUGUGGGGUAUCAUUUGCGUUAUGACAGGAAUGAAGUUGGCAUUACAACUCGAAGGGGAUCUUGGCUGGUGGAUUGGAUCCAGAGUCUGGAGAAAAGGAAUUUUGUUGUGGCCGCACGUGAUUUCAGUGAAUUCCUGGGGAGGCUGGGGUUUGUGUCCCAGCUUUUGGUUUGGCUGAAGCCGCACCUUUCGCCACUUUUCGCUUGGAGUGCAGUGGCAUCUUCUGGACUGGUCGGCAAGUUGCCGGACACGGUCAUUUUGACUUUGAAGUACAUACAAAUGGAACUGUCGAACGAGUCGUUUAUGGUUUCUGCGCAAAGGCCCAAAGUGUUUGCAGAGGAACAGUCUCGUACCGAUGCCAAGUGCACUGACACCAAUGUGGUAUUGGGGGGCUGGGAGGUUUCCACGCGCAGAUGGUUUUCAUUGUCUCUUACAAGGGAGCAAGUCCCAUUUCUGUUUAAGCCGAACGGCGGGGGCGCACAGUGGGCGUCAACCUCCGCCGAGCUGCUGGCAUCAUUGGCGGCCCUGAGGGCGUUUGGUUGGCUUGAUGGCGGGAGGACAAGGCGUACAAUGCAAUUCUCCAUCUUUGCUGGAACGGAUAACAGGGCAAACGAUCUAUUGUCCAACAAACGCUCGACUACGAAAUGGCCAUUGAUGUUAGUCAACAUGGAGCUUUCUUCAUGUUUAGCCAAGUCAAGGCUUACACUGGAUUUGAGAUGGAGGCCUCGUGAGGAAAAUCAAGAAGCUGAUGAGCUGACAAAUGAGAUUUUCACAAGCUUCUCCAUGGACGAUCGUGUCCCCCUCACCCUGGCAGAUUUAUGCCUGGAUUUGGUGAACAGUCUCUGGCAAACAAAGUUGCAGUUUGACCUGAUGAGAGAAGAUGCCAAGCGGCAUGCGGAAGGGAGCCCUCAGGGAAAGAAGAGGAAGCGCGAUAAAACACCAUGGUGA